AUAGGCCGUCAGUCUUCUACUUAGACUAUCACUACUCUCCUCCAAAGUCCUAAUCUCUCAUCAGCAGAAAAACAAAGUAGCUGUUGAUAUCAUCAACUCAGCCUCGAUUUGGCCUUUUGCUGAAGGUCGGACACAAGAAACAUUCACCAUUCCUAUGCUCUCUUAUGCUAUCUAACUACAUAAAUGGCCUCAGCCUUCUUCUCAAGAACUCUGUUUGCCCAACGCCUCAUUCAACCUUCACUUUUUCUCACACACAAGCCCCAAAUUUUCACGACUCUCUUCAAUAGGAGACCAUUUCAUUUGCAAGCCACUUCCUUCCAUUUGGCGUAUAAGAAAUCUGGUUCUGUUUUUAGUGCUAUGGCCUCAACAGGACAUUGGCCAAAAGCUUCUUUCUCAACACAGUCCAUAUCGACUAAUGAACCUGUUGUUUCAGUUGAUUGGCUACAUGCUAACCUGCGAGAGCCUGAUAUCAAGGUGUUGGAUGCAUCAUGGUACAUGCCAGAUGAGCAGAGAAAUCCACUUCAGGAAUAUCAGGUUGCCCACAUUCCUGGUGCCCUUUUCUUUGAUGUAGAUGGAAUAUCGGACCGCACAACUAAUUUGCCACACAUGUUGCCAUCAGAAGAAGCUUUUGCUGCUGCGGUAUCUGCUCUUGGUAUUGAGAACAAAAAUGGGGUUGUUGUUUAUGAUGGAAAGGGAAUUUUUAGUGCGGCUCGUGUUUGGUGGAUGUUUCGUGUUUUUGGGCAUGACAGAGUCUGGGUGUUGGAUGGAGGCCUGCCGAGAUGGCGCGCAUCAGGUUUUGAUGUUGAAUCUAGUGCUUCUAGUGAUGCAAUUUUGAAAGCAAGUGCUGCGAGUGAGGCAAUAGAGAAAGUAUACCACGGACAAGCAGUUGGGCCAAUUACAUUCCAGACUAAGUUUCAGCCUCAUCUUGUCUGGACGCUUGAACAGGUGAAGAAAAAUGUUGAGGACAAUACACAUCAACACAUAGACGCCCGUUCAAAGGCCAGGUUUGAUGGGGUUGCACCAGAGCCUCGAAAGGGAAUAAGAAGUGGUCAUGUACCAGGAAGCAAGUGCAUUCCUUUUCCCCAGAUGUUGGAUAGCUCACAGACACUCCUAUCAGCAGAUGAGCUUAAGAAGAAGUUUGAUCAAGAAGGCAUAUCUUUGGACAGCCCCGUUGUAACUUCUUGUGGCACUGGUGUGACUGCUUGCAUUCUUGCAUUGGGUUUGCAUCGACUCGGAAAGACAGAUGCUGUAGUUUAUGAUGGGUCAUGGACAGAAUGGGGAGGGGAAUCAGACACACCUGUCUUGACUACAGAGCUUGCUGCUUAACAUGCACGGAUAAGGUUUUCCUUGUUCGAUAAUCAUCCGAGACUCUGACGAAGAAGUUGUAUAGGUAAAUUUGUUACGGGAGUGUUUCAUUUCUGUGAAUUGCAAAGAAUGUUAACGUCAGUAUCCCAAAAUGAUGGCCCCUGAAUUGGUUUAUUGUGAUGAAGAAAAGUGCUAUAAAAAAAACGGCAUUGGAAUUCAAAUGUUUGUUAUCAAACCAACCUCUUAGUUAUUGGAAUUCAAAUGUUUGUUAUCAAACCAACCUCUUAGUUCUUGGAGAGUUGGAUAUAAAUGUCAUGAUGCAUGAGAUGGGAUUUAAA